ACAAAUGUUCUUAACUGCAAGUCAACUAUGUAUGGUGGGCAAUGCUAUUUCCACGCUCUUCAUUGCUUCCAGAGUCUCUCUCCUGCAUGCGUCCAAUAAUCUCAUCCAUGAUACCGUGGCAGCAGCAAACCCCUUCUCUGGCCAUAGCAAGUCCGUUUUUGUGGUAUCCAUAUAAAUGCACUGGUACGAGGCUUCGCCGUUUUUGAAGAUGAUGCAUCGUCGGCCGUCAGAGUAGAUAAGAAGAGAGAAACAUAAGCAUAAGUUCAAUAACGGUUGAACAAGCAGAGAGACGAAGAACCUGACAUGGAAGAAGACAUGAAGAUACGGGAGCCGCUUCUUCCGGAUGAAGAGCCGCAACCUUCUCAGCACUCUGUUUUGCCACAAUCUCUUCUCAUGUAUUUGUAUGUUGGCCAUUUCUUGGCCAGAUGGGGUGCCAGAAUGUGGGAGUUUUCUGUUGGUUUGUACAUGAUCAAUAUAUGGCCCAACUCUUUGCUACUUGCUGCUGUUUAUGGUGUGGUGGAGUCUGGUUCUACUGCUUUCCUUGGUCCCAGCAUUGGACAGUGGUUGGAUAGAUUAACAUAUGUAAAGGUUCUCAAACUUUGGUUGUGGGCACAAAAUCUCUCUUUUGUGGUUGCUGGGGUUGCAGUGGUAGGAUUACUGGUCUACUCGAACUUGAAGUAUACCAAUUUAGCAGCAUUCAUCGCUCUUGUCAUAUUAACCAAUAUCUCUGGAGCCAUUGGUGUGCUUUCCACUCUUGCCGGUACCAUCUUGAUUGAAAGAGAGUGGGUGGUGGUGAUUUCUGAAGGCCACCCUCCGGGAGUACUAACAAAGUUGAAUUCAGUAAUAAGACGUAUCGAUUUAACCUGCAAGUUAUUUGCUCCUGUAGUUACUGGCCUCCUUAUCAGCUUUGUAUCAUUAAAAGCAUCUGCUAUGACUUUAGCAAUCUGGAACACUCUAUCGAUCUGGUUGGAGUAUUGGCUUCUAACAUCUGUAUAUAAUGGAAUUCCAGCAUUAAGUGAAAGGAGCCAGAAAAAGAUCUCUAAAAUUUCACAGGGUGAUCCAGGGGAGAGUACAUCUGCUGAUCAAGAGAUAAAGAGCUCACCUUCCUUUGAUGGAGGCGAUUCAGCAUUGGCAGAAAACAGCUGGAAAAGGAAAAUGAUUGAAUGGGUUUGGAAGGCCCUCUCCAUUUCUGCAUGGACUGUGUACUUACAGCAAGAUGUGGUGCUGCCAGGACUAGCUCUAGCAUUACUGUAUUUCACUGUUCUCAGCUUUGGGACUCUGAUGACAGCUGCCCUGGAAUGGGAAGGUAUACCUGCAUAUAUUAUCGGAAUAGGGCGUGGAAUAAGCGCUACAAUUGGAAUAGCUGCAACAUUUGUGUACCCAAUCUUACAAUCUCGCAUCUCAAUACUUCGAACUGGACUCUGGUCUAUCUGGUCUCAGUGGGCCUUCCUCCUCAUAUGUAUUGCUUCGAUAUGGAUCCAAAACCAUAUUACAUCAGCAUAUCUGCUGAUGGUUGGAGUGGCAACUUCGCGUCUGGGAUUGUGGAUGUUUGACUUGUCUGUCAUCCAACAAAUGCAGGAUCAUGUUCCUGAAUCUGAUCGUUGUGUUGUGGGAGGUGUUCAAAACUCGCUCCAGUCUUACUUAGAUUUGAUGGCUUAUGUCAUGGGAAUAAUCAUAUCUAAUCCACAGGACUUCUGGAAGUUGACGUUGUUAUCCAUUUCUGCGGUGACGUUGGCUGCUGUACUCUACAGUUCAUACAUAUACCGCGUCCGCAAGCAUCUUUUUCAUUUUGAGAAGCUGUGGUCAAGAAUCGAGUGGUUUCUACUAUAAUAUUUAUCAAAACAGAAAUGGGCGAAUAUCAUAAUGAUGCCACAAUGCUUUUGUUUUCUGGAGCAAAAUAUAGUUUUUGAAUUUUUGUUGGUUGAACGAAGAUCAAACUCUAUUUGAAUUCAAAACGAUAAUCUCAUCCCUAUUCACCCGAUGGAUAUGUAAAUAAAUGCAGUAAUCAUCAAUGAUUAUCUCCCGGUUGCUUA